CAUCACAUGUUCUGUUCUUGCAUGUGACCUCUUCUUCUCCUCUUCAAUUCUCUCUUUGCCUCUUCUUCUUCCAUUUCUCUCUACAUUUCUCCAUUCUUUAAUCUUUAUCAGCUUUCUUUUAUACUUUUUAAUCGUUUCUCCUUUUUCUCCAAUGAUGCCCCCGGAGCAAGAAACUCCCAUCCCUGUUACCCCUCCAGCUAACAGUGGCAUCACGCUUAACAACUGGACUGAAACGGUUUCUUCUGUUCAUGCCGAGCCGCCUGUCUCAUCCAUUAAUGCCAACUCAUGUUCACAAUAUCGAGUUCCAGAUCAUCAACAACAAGAACUAAACACAUCAAGAUUUUUGAUUUUACGUGAAUCUUCACAUCCUGUAACUCUCAAGUUUGAAGAUGUUUCCUACAGUAUCAAUUUAUCAGCAAAAAGAAGUUGUUAUCUAAAUGAACCAAAAUCGACUACAAAAACUGUACUUAAUUGUGUUAGUGGCAUAGUUCGUCCUGGUGAGCUGCUAGCAAUGCUAGGCCCUUCGGGGAGUGGAAAAACUACCCUUUUAACAGCUCUCGCCGGCAGAUUGCCUGGAAAAGUCUCCGGUACCAUAUCUUACAACGGCAUGCCUUUCUCUAGCUCCAUGAAGCGCAAAACUGGCUUUGUUUCUCAAGACGAUGUGUUAUAUCCCCAUCUUACAGUGAUAGAGACACUGACAUAUACUGCUUUAUUAAGGCUACCGAAAAAGCUGUCAAAAGAAGAGAAAAUAGAACAAGCUGAGUUGGUUAUUGCAGAGCUUGGAUUAACCAGGUGUAGAAAUAGUGUAAUUGGUGGGCCUUUACUUCGCGGUGUAUCGGGUGGGGAACGAAAACGGGUCAGUAUCGGGCAAGAAAUGUUGGUUAACCCGAGUUUGCUGUUGCUCGAUGAACCCACUUCGGGUCUUGACUCUACCACCGCCCAACGCAUUGUAGCUACCUUGAAAGGACUCGCACGCGGUGGUCGGACUGUUCUAACAACAAUUCAUCAGCCUUCGAGCAGGCUGUAUCGGAUGUUUGAUAAGGUAGUUGUUUUAUCCGAUGGAUGCCCCAUUUACAGCGGAUACGCUAGUCGAGUCAUGGAGUAUUUCGGGUCAAUUGGUUACGUGCCCGGGUUCAAUUUCAUGAAUCCUGCUGAUUUUCUGCUUGACCUUGCUAAUGGUAUAGUUCCUGACACGAAACAAGGUGAUCAAUUAAUGGAGAGUCAUAACAGAUUAGACCAUCUUGAUGAACAAAAUUCAGUAAAGCAAUCUUUAAUAUCAUCUUACAAGAAGAACUUGUAUCCUGCAUUGAAAGCUGACAUUCAUCAAAACUUUCAAGAUUCUUCAUCAGGACCUUCAUCACUUGUAAAAUAUUCUGCGGAUCAAUGGACAACAACCUGGUGGCAGCAAUUCCAAGUAUUACUAAGAAGAGGUUUGCGAGAAAGAAAACAUGAAUCAUAUUCAGGCUUAAGGAUUUUCCAAGUGCUGUCAGUUUCAGUUCUUUCAGGGCUUUUAUGGUGGCAUUCUGAUACUUCACAUAUACAAGAUCAGGUGGGGCUUCUCUUCUUUUUCUCAAUCUUCUGGGGAUUUUUCCCUCUGUUUAAUGCUAUAUUCACAUUCCCUCAAGAGCGACCAAUGCUUAUAAAAGAGCGUUCCUCAGGCAUGUAUCGCCUUUCCUCAUACUAUUUGGCGCGAAUAGCCGGUGACUUGCCAAUGGAGCUUGUUCUACCCACAAUAUUUGUUACCAUAUCAUACUGGAUGGGUGGUCUAAAACCUUCCUUGGUAACAUUUAUACUAACCCUUUUGAUCAUCCUCUUUAAUGUGCUAGUAUCACAAGGACUAGGUCUAGCCCUCGGAGCAAUUUUAAUGGAAGUAAAACAAGCAACAACCUUAGCUUCAGUUACAAUGCUUGUUUUCUUACUAGCAGGUGGAUACUACAUUCAGCAUAUCCCACAAUUUAUCGCUUGGCUGAAAUACAUUUCUUUUAGUCACUAUUGUUACAAGCUGCUCGUAGGAGUACAAUAUUCAGUGAAUGAAGUUUAUGAGUGUGAAAAGGGAAUCCAUUGCAGAGUAAUGGAUUUUCCUGCAAUAAAGUAUCUGGGUGUUGAUAAUAUGUGGGGAGAUGUUGCUGCUUUGUCUAUAAUGUUGGUGGGUUACAGGAUUUUGGCUUAUCUGGCUUUGAAAAUGGGGCAACCUCACUGAAACUGACCCAUUUGACUGCAAGUGAGUGAAGUUGAGUAAUUAUAGUAAUUAAUUAACUGUUUUAUGUAUUCAUUUUGAGUAAUUACAGGAAUCAAGGAAAUUAUUCUCCAAUUAGUAGGUUCAGGUUCAACUCUUGUUUUGGGAAGAAAUCUUGAAGACUAUAACUAGCUUGCUUCAGUGUAAAUUGGAGUUCAUGUCACUGUCAAAAUUUGCUGUCCAAUUAAUAUUAAUUAAUUAAGCUUGUAACCAGGUAUAAUGCACUAAUUAUGAUUUAUGAGAAUUUCCCUUUUGUAA